AUGAGUGCUCAUACUCUCUCUCUAACUAGUCCCCACACUCCUCUCCUCCUCCUCGCUUCUUCUUCUUCUUCUUAUCCAAACCCUAAUUUCAAUGCCUUCUUCUCUUCCAACAACAACAACAACCCUAAACUCAAACCAACCCUCUCAUCUACCAGGACCACGUCGCUUUAUGGACACGUCAAUAGAGAUCAAGAUUUCCAACUUCAAAAUGGUUUAGGCUAUUUUGAUUCCGAUCAAGACCUCGGCACUCUUGUCAGAACUCAGGUUCAAACUCUCGCCGAUGGAUCAGCCUCCACCAGGCCAUCAGAAUACGACCCUGCUCCUGAUGUUGAUUAUCUACAGGAGUUAUUGGCCAUUCAACAACAAGGACCUAGAACUAUUGCCUUUUUUGGAACACGGAACAUGGGAUUCAUGCACCAGGAACUAAUUGAGAUUCUUAGCUAUGCUAUGGUUAUAACUAAAAACCACAUAUACACAUCUGGAGCAUCUGGGACUAAUGCAGCUGUUAUCCGGGGUGCUUUAAGAGCAGAGAAACCAGAAUUGCUUACAGUUAUAUUACCCCAAAGUUUAAGCAAACAGUCUCCUGAGAGUCAGGAGCUGUUAUCCAAGGUGAAAAAUGUGAUAGAGAAGCCCCAUAAUGAUCACCUACCUUUAUUAGCAGCCAGCAGGCUAUGUAAUAUGGAUAUCAUUUCACAUGUCCAGCAAGUCAUAUGCUUUGCUUUCCAUGACAGUAGAUUGCUGAUGGAAACUUGUCAAGAAGCAAAAAAUAUGCGGAAAAUUGUGACUCUCUUCUACCUUGACUGA